AUGGCAAAGCGCAAGCGUGAGGCCGAUGACUACGCCGAUCCCGUGAUGUCUCCCUCUGGCGAGAACAGAUUUGGGGUUGGCCAGACGCUGUCGCUACUACAAGAAUCAGCAUCCUCGUCUGCCGCCACCGCCACCGAAGAAGAGCCGACAGCGAAGGUGGACACAGUCAAGCCCAGCGGGUCGAAAAAGCGUCGUAGGGGCGACAAUGGCGAGAAGACAAAAUACCCGACCUUGACGUAUGUUGAGGGGAGGUUACAAUCCUCCAUUCGAAUUGCCGACCUACAGAGCUUAUUGCUGUACUGCUUUGCAGACGGGAUCGCACCGCAAUGGAUUUCGGUGAAGCAUUCUGGCCAUGUAAGGAAAGUCGUAGUCCUUAUGGUGCCGGGAUUGGAAAUUGGCAUGUUCGACGGCUCGGUUCCUCUAGGCGACGAGGCUGCUGCCGCCGCCGUUGAACCAGCAGUGAAAAAGGAGCCGACAGAAACAGAAGAAAUCCAGGCAGAAAACGAGGACUUUGAGCGCUGGAAAAACGGUCUUCCGCUGGCAGAUAAAUCCCAUCGUUUCAAUCCUCAAAGCCUAUCUCGAGAACGGUUGCCGAAACCUCUUCAAGAACUGGCCGAUAUGUUUCCGCACAUCUGGCCUGUAAAGGCACCUGGUGACAAGAAGUAUAACAAGGUCCAUUCGCCGCUGCAAGCCAUUUUACUGUCGCAAUUGCCAAAAGCACAAGAGGAAAACAGGACCAAGGGUCCUCGUCCUACUAGGGUUGACAAAUCCUUCGUUUCGAAACGAACGCCCAUUACUGCAUUUAUGGCCCCGAAAUGGGAAUUACGAGAGAACGACUAUAUUUUACAUCCUGUCUACUUUGACACUGAAGCAGAGCAGGCGGCAGAGCUCAGGGCUCGUCAGCGAGCCGGCGCUUCAGCAGAACACGGUUGGGUAGACUCAAAUGUCCAAUCACUAGCUGAAGGGGAAUCUCCCGAGUCCGAGAUUCAAAAAGGAAGCGUAACUGCUGGCCGAGAAGUUUUGGCUCUAGACUGCGAGAUGUGUAUUACCGAAGGUGGGAAAUCAGAACUCACCCGUAUCAGUAUGGUCCGGUGGGAUGGGGAGGUGAUUCUGGAUGAAUUGGUUAAACCAGACCUACCCAUCAUCAACUACUUGACUCAAUUUUCCGGCAUUACGAAGGAAAUGCUCGACCCCGUCACCACCACCCUCGCCGAUAUUCAGAAAAAGCUUUUGGAAAUCCUCACCCCUCGCACCGUCCUAGUCGGACAUUCUCUAAACUCCGACCUCAAUGCCCUCAAAUUAACACACCCCUUCAUCAUCGAUACAGCAAUCAUCUACCCUCACCCACGCGGACCUCCAUUAAAGAGCUCACUCAAAUGGCUCUGCCAGAAAUACCUCGGCAAAGAAAUCCAAAAGGGCCAAACCGGCCACGACUCCAUCGAAGACGCCCGAGCCGUGCUCGACCUUGUGAAGCAAAAAUGCGAAAAGGGCGAGCGAUGGGGCACCUCCGACGCGAAUAACGAGAGCAUAUUCCGCCGACUCGGACGAUCAGUCAAAUCCGGAAAAUCCGAUGGCCGAACCGGCGCCAUCGUUGACUGGGGCAGCCCCGAACGAGGAUUCGGAGCCCAGGCCACCGUCGCCAUUGGCUGCGACAAUGACGACCAAGUCGUCGACGGCGUCAGUCUGGCCGUACGUGGUAGUGGUGGUAAUGAUGGCAAUAAUGACUCCCCUGCAAAUCGCAACAUACCCGUUGACGGAGUCGAUUUUGCCUGGGCACGCCUCAGAGAACUCGAGGUUGUCCGAGGCUGGUGUAAUCGUCGACCAGACCCCAACAACGCAAAUGUGUCAACUGCCAUUGUUCCUCCUCCCGAAGAGACGACUCCGACCGUGUCCGACAUGACCAGCGAGACUACCUCGCCAUCGUCUUCACUAGCAUCUACCGUCACAACUACAGUGCAUAAUAUCAAACGAAUCUACGACUCUCUGCCUUCAUGUACGCUUUUCAUCGUGUACUCUGGCACCGGUGACCCGCGAGAGGUUUCCCGGUUGCAUGCCAUGCAUAAACUGUAUCGGGAAGAAUAUAACAACUCGCGGAAGAAGUGGGAUGAAUUAACUGUCAGAUGGACCGAUAAAGAGGAGCAAAUGUUGAAAAAGGCCUGCGAGAGAGCCAGAGAAGGUUGUGGGUUUAUGUGUGUCAAGUAA